AUGCGCGUCGUCCUCGCCGCGCUGUUCGCAGCGCAGACCAGCGCGCUCGUGCCGGCGCCGCGGCCCGGCGCGCAACCGAUGCGGGCGUCCGUCAUGGACGUGGAGGAGGUCCAGAGCUUCGUCUCCCGGGAUAACUGGAAGACCUCCGGCAGAAACCUGCAGCUCACGGCAAGCGAUGCGUCGAGCACGAUCAUCUUCGACGCGGAUCACCCGGACCCGAGCGUCUCCGACCCCGUCAGCGUCGUCUUCCUGCCGUCUCUGGCGCUGCCCAAGGUCAACGCCAUGUCGAGCUCGCUCCGGACCUGGUGCCGCCGCAAGGAGUUCUCCUUCGUCGUCGCGGACUACCACGGCGUCGGCCGGUCCACGGGCAACGUCGCGUGCGCGACGAUCACGAAGUGGGUCGACGACACCGUCACGCUGCUCCGGACCGUCGCGAACCCGGAGGAGCACAAGCGCGUGGUGCUCGUCGGCGCGGGCGUCGGCGGCUGGAUCGCCUGCCUCGUGGCGAUGCGCCACCCGGACCUCGUCGGCGGCGUCGUCGGCCUCGCGUCGGACCCGGACUUCACGGAGGAGCUCCUGCUCAAGCGGCUGCCCCAGGACGUCAUCGACAAGAUCAUGGGCGACGACGGCAUGGACCAGGUCCACUGGGGCGGCAAGACCUACCCGAUCACGAAGGCGCUCAUCGAGGACGCCAAGGACAACCACCUGCUGCUCGACGGGCCGGACCGCGUCCUGCCCAUCCAGUGCCCCGUGCGGCUGCUCCACGGUUUGUACGACGAGGAGGUGCCCUACGACGUGGCCGUGCGCCUCGCGCGGCGCAUCGAGACCGAGGACGUGACCAUCUCCCUCUCCAAGAGCGGCCACUACAUGGACGACAUCGACGACAUGCAGCGCGUCCGCCUCGCCAUCCAGGACUGCCUCGAGUCCAUCUUCGUCUACGACCUCCGGUCGCCGACGUCCGGCUAGGCAGCGC